CACAUUUCAGCUGACUAGCUGCAUCUGAAAAGUCGUUCACAGUCAUACUAAAGGUGGUUGUCUACGGAAACCAGCGACCGGGAUUGGACUACAUAAUACGAGGCCAAUUUCAACUUACACUUGCGAAGACGGGGCGUUCGAUCGGCCAACCACAUCGGUGGAACUCAACUAUUAGACCAGGUGCCCACAUAAAGCAAGCGAUGGCUGUCCCCAGGCUUCCUAUUUCGAAAGAUGCGUGCCCUUAUCCCUCCUGUGCUGGAACGUUAUUGAGCCAAGUUGAUGAAGUUGAUAAGAUAUGCUUAACAUAUAGUCGAUUGCCGAGCUCCACGCUUCUUCAUACUCUACCGCUGAAGUUAUACGCUAGAGUCCCACCACUCGACCCUAUCCCAAGACAGGUCAGCGUUCAUGCGCGUGUGCAGAAAACUGACGGCUUGGCGGUGGGUUCUGUUCAAAUUUGCAAAGACUCCAUUAGCUUUUUUCGAAGGAUACAGGUAUAUGAGCGGCCGCCUCCUCUCACUUCUGCAGAAGAAGCUUACAAGAAGCUUCGGGAUGAUGCAUCAGACUUUCAAGCGAAUUUAUACCUCAACUAGCAUGCGCUUAGUGAAGUGCAAAUUGAUGAAGCUAUCCAUCGCCUGAGACGGACGAUAGCGAAACUAACGAUUGGAUUCUUCGCUAUCUUUUGGGGAGAGCCUUUAUAGGAAAAGGUCACUUACAGGAAGCAUACGAUCCACUGAGCCUCUGCGCCCAAUAU